AGCGGCUGGAGCAGAGCAGGAGAAGAGAACUGAGCUGAGCUGCUGGCUGGGACCGGGUACGGGCACAAUGGGGACACAGGUCCUCUGUUGGGCUGGAAAAGAGAAAAGCACGCAGAACUCUCCUUGGUGACAUUGCUCUGAAGACACGGAGCGAGGGACUGAGGAGUGAGGGCUGUGCCUGCUUCCUCCUCAGAUGGAAGGGGACAACUCCAGAGCAGAGCCAGGCCUCAGGCCGUGAGCAGUUGGAUCUUUGGAGUCACUGAGCAUUGUCCCUGAGAGUGGAGAAAGGAAGCCGGCAGGAUGCUGAAGGCACCGCUGCGACAGGAGAGCGACAGCGGGGACAUCCCGGACCCUGAGCUCCCCACAGGCAGCACAAACACCGAGCCCGCACCUUCCUCAGAUUUCUGUGCCCCCAGUCCUGCCCCACAGCUGCCCCCAACAGCAGCCAGCCUCAUGGACGACCCCAGCCAGGAGUGGAGGUUGGUGAAGAUCAAGCGCGUCCUCAUCGCUCCUUCCAGUGAGCCCAGGAAAGCAAGUCUCUCCCGCAGCUCCAGCCUCUCUGAGAAGGAGCUGAAAGAGGCAAAAGCGCGGAGCCGCAGGAUCGUGGCACAGCUCACCACGGCACCCAGCCCCAGCUCCAAGGGCGUGCUGCUCUUCCACCGCCGCAGGCAGCGCAUCGACGGGCUCACUGGGACUGGCACAGGGCAUGGCACGGGGCUGCCGCUGAGCCUGGGGACACAGCGAGGGGACAUGGAGACGGGCGAGGGGCACGGCAGCCAGGGGACGCUGGGGGAGAAGGAGGACGUGGCAUCUCACCGGGAGUCCCCUACUGAGGCUCAGCAAGUCCCACUGAGUAUCUACCUGAAGGAGAACAUGGCACUGGCUGCUGCCAAUGGUGUGCACAAGGAGAAGGUGGAGAGUGAAGUGGGAGGGGUCCAGGGGACACAGGACAGCUUGGGGACAAGAGUAGUCACUCCUGCCCCACCAGAGAGUGUGUGCAUUCCUAAGCAGAAGAAUGGUGAGGUGCCCAGUCCGCCUGUAGUGACAGCCAAUGCACCCAUGGGGACGGCCAGCAUGGCCAUGGGGACAGCCGGCACACCUCUGGGGACAGACAGUGUAUCCAUGGGGACAGCCACCAUGCCUGUGGUGACAGCCAACAUGACUGUGAGGAGAGCCAGCACGCCCAUAGGGAUGGCUAGUACACCUGUGGUGACAGCUAGUGCACCCAUGGUGACAGCCAGCGUACCUACUGGUGUGGCAGUGGCCAACACAGCCGUGGUGACAGCCAGUACACCCAUGGUGUCAGCCAACAUAACCACAGGGACACCCAGCGUCCCCAUGGUGACAGCCAGUACUCCCACUGGGACAGCCAGCAUGCCCAUAGGGACAGCCAGCACCCAUAUAGUGACAGCCAGCGUGCCAAUGGGGACAGCCAGCACACCCAUGGUGGCAGCCAACAUACCGAUGAGGAUGGCCGAGGCAGCCACAGGAAUGGCCAAUGCACCCAUGGGGACAGCAAGUCCACCUGUAGUGACAUCCAGUGCACCGGUGGUGACACCCAACAUACCCACAGUGACAGCCAGCACACCCCCAGGGACGGCUCCCCCAGCCACGCGGGCACAGAGCGGGGCUCAGGGCAGGCAGUACUACGAGGUCCAACUCACCCUGGCCAAACCCAAACCGGUGAAGAACCGCACGGCGCGGCCGUUUGGCACCCAGACACCCCCUGGGCUGAGCCAGCCUCCGGAGCGAGACCCUGGUGCUGAGCCCCCACCACCCACCUAUGCAGAGACGCUGGGCAGCCCACCCCCGCUCAGCAGGGUCCGCUCGCCCCCCACCUACUCGACCCUGUACCCCCCUGGGGAGCAGAAGGCGCUGCCAGGCCCCGGUUAUGGGCUGGCGGCAGUGGUCCCCUUGCCCAAAACGGGCAUCCUGGAGGAGUCGGCGGCACGUAGAGGCCACAAGAAGUCCAUGUUCACCUUUGUUGAGAAGCCCAAGUUGGGCCCCAACCCCGACCUGCUGGAUUUGGUGCAGAGCGCAGACAUCAGGAAGAAGCAGAAGGAGCAUGGGGAUCCCGGUGCUGAGGAUGAGCCCUUUGCUUUGGGGGCUGAAGCUGCCAACUUUGUCCCCACCAGCGCAUCCAGGCCUGUGCAGGCCCUCCCGGUGCCCAAUGAUGCCCCAGCAUGGUCCUCCUGCCUCAAGUCCCCCAUGGUGAAGCCGAAGCCGAAGCCACAGCCCAGCCACAACCUGAGCGAGGCCAGAGGGAAGGGGGCUGAGCUCUUUGCCCGCCGGCAGUCCCGCAUGGAGAAGUUCAUCAUCGAGGCUCCCUCCCGGCCCGAGCUGCCACGCUCCCCAUCGCCCACCAUGUCGCUGCCUCCCUCCUGGAAGUACGAUGCCAACGCUUGCCUGUCACCCAUGGUCUCCAGACACCCCCCCAGGAGUCCCUCCCAGCCCUCCAAAACCCCCCCUGCCUCUCUCUACGGCAACAACCCGAUGGAGAACGAAGUGGAGCUCUCCAAGCACCAGCCCUACCAGCUCCAGCCUUCGCUCUUCAUCCUCUCCCCGUCCAAAGCUCCAGCGAGGUCCAUGCCACCACCCAGACCCUCACCUCCCAGCUCUUACUCCUACCCACAGCACACCUCCUGCCCCACCUCCCCGCUGCCUCCGUCCCCCAUUUGGCAACCUCCCACCACACACGGGGCCGCUUCCAGCCUUUUCCCCAGCAGCACCGGUGCUGUGCCCAUGCCUCACGGUGCCGGAGGCGGUGGUGCAGAGCUGCUGCUGGCAUCGCCGUGCCAUGGGCGCUCCCCUCGAGCCAAGGGUGGCUUCCAGGCGCCUCGACCCUCCUACUCCACCAGGAACGCAGGGAUCGAGCCACAGGAAAGGCGGCCGUCCCUCCCCGCCUCGCCCACCUGGACCCCGCGGCUGGCUCGGCACCAGGGCAGCCAGGACGGCUGGGCCAGCCCCGUCUCGGUGCCCGAGCUGGAGCAGGGGCCGCCCCGGUCCCCGCCCUGGAGCGAGCGCUCUCUGUCCCCGCAGCGGCAGGACGCCGAGCCCCGCGCCAGCCGCCAGAUGCAAGCGCGGCUCGCCAGGAACAUCAUCAACGCAGCCCGCAGGAAGAGCUCCUCUCCCAAACCCCUGGGGCCGGAAGGCUCCCGGCCCUUCACCCCCCCGGCCGUGGUUCCCCCCGGUUUGCCGCAGGGGUGCAAAGCCACUGCCCCGCAGCGGGCCCGCAGCGUGCUGGCUGCGCCGGGCAGCCCCUCGCCAUCGCACAAAUCGCCCCUCACAGAGGGGUCCUGUGCCUCCCCCGGGGUGUCCCGAGCCACCUGGGCAGAGGGCCGCCGGCUUCUGCUGCCACCCAGCCCGGCCGGGUCGUCCCCCACCCCAAAGAGCCCUUUGCCAUCGCCGGUGGUGGGCGCACGCUCCCCGGCCAAGCGCUACAGCUCCCGGUCCCCGACGGACUCGGACGUCUCCAUCGACUCCGAAGAUUCGGGAACCAAGAGCCCGGGCAUCCACAGCUUUAACCUGUGUCCGCGGGGCUGGAGCGGGAGCCUGAGGCUGAAAGCGGGGGGGCUACCGUCGGGGGCCCCCUGCACCUCCUAGAGCAGCCCCAGCUACGCACACCGCUUGGGGACGGGGCAGCCCCUGCGGUGCUACCCGUGAGAUGGGUGACAACGCCCUCGGUGCUGGUCCCCAGGCACGGAGAGGCUCUGGGCUGGGGGUGCACGGGGUGGCCUCGUCCCUAUCAACGUAUCUCCGGGGUCAGACACCUCCUGCCUGCCCACAGCCCCGUGGCUCAGAGCUAUUUUUACCACCCUAACCUUUCGGGGCAGGACUGCGUGCUCAGCACUGGGCACAGGGCAGCUGGCAGUAGGACCAUCCCUGUGCACAGUGCUGGGGGGGCACAGCCCGGCACCCCACGGCUCAGCUUUCUGGGGGUGGCACAGCACGGUUGGGGCAUCCUGCCCAGCCCUGCUUGGCAGCCCGGCUGCUUUCAAUUGAAACCAGAUUUUGGGGGAGGAGAAGUGAAUAUUUUAUCCUCCCCACCUCCAAAUCUUCCUCGCUUUUAUGUUUUUUUUUUCUUUUUUUACUUUUGAUCCCCUCCUGAAGGAAUGUCCCCUAAAUUCUUCCUUAGUGAUAACAAAGAUAUCCAGAGUUAUUUAUUGCCAUGCCAAGGGGACGAUGGACAUGUUGCCUCCCACUGCCCGGGCAGAGGGGGCCAACGCCAACCCCUGUCAUUGUCCCCAUCCCUGUCCCCAUGGAGGGACAUGGUAGGGACAGAGGGUAGUGCAACGGGGGGAGAUGAAGGCAUGCAGAAGGCAGAAGUGCAGGUUGCAGAAGGCUGGGAGGAGGUCUGGAUGCAAGUGUGAGGGUUUAGGGACAGGUCAGUGUCUACAUGGGAGCUUCCCUGCAAGAGGCUGAGCUCCCUGGAGCACAGCAGCAAUGGUAAGUGAUGGGGAGAGGGGGCAACGGAAUGGGCACAGUUAUGGGGCAGAGCCUGGGGAGUGAGGCAGGGAGAGCUAAGGAGGCAACUUCAGGGAACCGGGAGGGUGCAGCCCUGGCACCAGCGAGAGCAGCAAAGGAAAAGGGGGGGUGGUACCAGGGCACGGUGCCUCUUAGGGGAGCCCCUGUCCCCCUAUCCCUUCCCCUGGGACACACUGUGGUAGCAAGCAUCUUUGUCCCCUGGGUUCUGCAGCCACCGCGCCCCGCCUGCGCCACGCACAUGUAUUGCCAGCUCAGAAAUAAACUGCCGCUAUCCCACCCGCCUGCCUGCCUGCUUCCGACCGUCCCCAG